GAGAGAGAGAGAGAGUUAGGAAAUGGGAGAGAUGAAGGGACCAGUAGAAAUGGGAGAAGAGAUGAAGGGACCAGUGGUGGUGACCGGAGCAGCUGGUUUCAUCGGUUCGUGGCUGGUCAUGAGGCUUCUUGAGAAGGGUUACACUGUCAGGGCCACCGUAAGAGACCCCACUAAUAUCAGCAAGACCAAGCAUUUGUUGGAUUUACCUGAUGCCGCCACUCGACUCACUAUUUGGAAGGCGGACCUUGAUGAUGAAGGAAGCUUUGACCAAGCGAUCGACGGGUGCACCGCUGUUUUCCAUGUCGCCACCCCAAUGGAUUUCGAAUCCACCGAUCCUGAGAAUGAAGUUAUAAAGCCCACAAUAAAUGGAGUCCUAAACAUAAUGAGAUCUUGCAAGGAGGCCACAUCGGUUAAGCGCGUCUUCUUCACGUCCUCCGCAGGGACGGUCAAUGUAGAAGAGCAGCAGAAGCCAGAGUACACUGAAAGCAGCUGGAGUGACAUCGAUUUCUGCCGAAGAGUGAAGAUGACUGGCUGGAUGUACUUUGUCUCCAAAUCACUAGCGGAGAAAGCUGCAUGGGAUUUUGCCAAAGAGAACAGCAUAGACUUCAUUAGCGUCAUACCGACCCUUGUGGUGGGGCCCUUCAUCAUGCCCAGCAUGCCCCCCAGCAUGAUCACCGCCCUGGCAUUAAUCACAGGAACUGAAUCUCAUUACUCAAUUUUAAAGCAAAUCCAACUGGUUCACCUGGAUGACCUAUGCAUGGCUCAUAUCUUCCUCAUGGAGCAUCCAGAAGCUGAGGGCAGAUACAUCUGCUCUUCUCAUGACACCACCAUCAUUGAACUUGCAAAAAAGCUCAAGGAAAGAUACCCGGAAUACACCAUCCCUACUCAGUUCAAAGGUGUUGACGCCACAAUCAAGCCCGUCAGAUUCUCUUCGAAGAAACUGACUGAUCUGGGCUUCAAAUUCCAGUAUACCAUGGAGGAUAUGUACGAUGGGGCCAUCCAAUCAUGCCGAGAGAAAAAGCUGAUACCACUUAAAAAAGAAGAGAAGCCAUUCGUCAGUGAGAUAUUAAAUGACAUCGAAAAACAUGUUCCAAUUGCUACCGCUUAAAUUGUUAGCAUUGUGUCAUGUGUGUUGUAGUGUUUGUCUCCUUUCAGAAGCUUGAUGAAAUAAAGAUGUCUGGAUUUAAUA